AGAAGUUUUGAGCGGGAGAAAGAAAAAGGCGUCUCUUUUGACACCUUCAAUUUUAAAAGGAAACAAGUUAUUAAAAAGUAAAACUAAAAUAUUUGGUUUUGUUGCUCUAUCACAGUAGCAUAUAUUUCCUUUAGCUUGCAAGUUGAAAGAUAAAUGUUAUCACUUUGACUUCCUUUUUUAAACGCAAAGAAUUUUAUUUUCUUCAAACUAGUUGGCCACGGUGUUAUAGAUUAUAGACCUUGGAAGCAUGCAACAAAAACCUUAUGUUACAAACCAACCGGAACCUAAUGCAAAUAACAAUAAACCAUACACAAUAGGUUCUCAACCUUGGUGGUGCAACACACGGCAGGAUUCCAUGGUAACGGAUGUUUUAGGACGAAACAUGACAAGUUUAUCUCUGGCGGAACACCCCAGUGAAUGUUUAGGGGCCAAAAUCAGUGAAUCUUUAAGCGAUGGGACUCAUAAAAUUUGUUCUACUAAAGAAUUGCCUUUCACUGUAUUGUCACAUCCAGAUGGAAAAUGCAUAGUUGAACAGCCACAGUUACAGCAUGCGAUACCCAUUAUACCUCCAUCAAUGGGUGAAUAUGUAGCAGCACCAACUCAAAUGGAGCUUGUUGGCCACUCAAUUGCAGGUCCAUCAUAUCCAUAUGCUGAUCCGUAUCAUAGGGGGGCAAUGUCUCCUUAUGGACCUCAAUCUUUGGUGCAUUCUCAUUGUCUAGGAGUGAAUCCUGCUAGAAUGGCAUUGCCUUUAGAAAUGGCAGAGGAACCUGUUUAUGUGAAUGCCAAGCAAUACCAUGGUAUUCUGAGACGAAGGCAGUCUCGUGCAAAGGCUGAGCUGGAAAAGAAACUGAUCAAAGUUCGAAAGCCCUAUCUUCAUGAGUCUCGGCAUUUGCAUGCUAUGAGAAGAGCAAGAGGAUGUGGAGGCCGUUUCUUGAACACGAAAAAGCUUGGUACUGAUGCUUCGAAUGCCGUACCCAAUCGAGGCAGUGACAGUGCUAGUUCCAAUCUUUCAUCUGUUGGGCAUGGGGAAUCAAAAGAAUCUCAACUCCAGCGAACAAAUAAUCAGCAGCAGGGAUUCUCUAAUGCCAAUGGAUGCUAUCGUCACCAUGAAAGGUUUCUUUUCUCUACAGCUGGUUCACUUUCGGAUAAAAUGAUGGAAGGAGACUGUCCUAGACAACAACAGCGUGAGAGAAUUAUGGCAAACCAGGUUCCUCACAGGGCCCUGACAAUCAAAUGAACCCUUCUCAACUGCUAUUGAUCUGCACUGUAAAAUUUUUAUAUGUUUCACCACUCCAUAUAUGCUUUCAUGGCAUCUUGUUGAAGAUGCUUCUUCAUCUCCUGCUGAUGGUAAGAGCUAGAAAAGGUGACCAUAUCGAGAGUGGCAACCAUAGGUUCAUGUUAUAUAUAUUAUGGCAACGGGCAAAUCAUUCUUGGCUUGUGGCUUUGUUUACGUGCUAUAUACAGAUACAGUGGAGGAAUUUCUUUAACCCUUCUAUUUUUGGUUUUAAUAUAUAACUUAUAACAGUGGCGUUGUGUGACGUUUAAGCAUACCCACCUACUUGGGUAAACUAUUAUAUUAUUCACCCAAUUAUUAGUGUAUCUCUAUUUUGGUCACUAAAUUAUAAA